UCGAGGUGGUCUUGGAAUAUCUAAACGCCGGCCCUGUUCUGUCAGCUGUCAAAUAAAAGUCAAAUUUGACAUUUGAACGUGGCUAAAAUCGCAAUCCGACAUAAAUUAGCAUUUAAUUCGAUAAAUCCAAUGAACAAUCUGUGAUAUGUAGUAAACAUUACGAUCAAUCCGUCAAAACAAGUUAUUUAUAAGUUAAACCACCAAAUAAAAUAUGCCAACGACCUGAAAACAUAUCUGUGUUUAUAUUGAUUUAUUAAUCUAUUUGCAGCGAAAAAUGGCUUUAAAAAAGGUAAAAGGCAAUUUCGAACGUAUGUUCGAAAAGAACUUGACUGAUUUGGUGCGGGGUAUCCGAAACAAUAAGGAAAAUGAGGCAAAAUAUAUAUCUCAAGCGAUGGAGGACAUCAAGCAGGAACUCCGGCAAGAUAAUCUAGCCGUUAAGAGUAAUGCAAUCGCCAAAUUAACUUAUUUACAAAUGUUGGGUUAUGAUAUUUCCUGGGCAGGAUUUAAUAUAAUCGAAGUUAUGAGUUCCAAUAAGUUCACAUUGAAGAGGAUAGGUUAUUUGUCAGCCAGUCAAUCGUUUCACUGUGAUUCUGAGUUGUUGAUGUUAACCACAAACAUGAUUAGGAAGGAAUUAAAUUCUCAAAACCAGUAUGAAGCUGGUUUGGCUUUAACCUCUUUAAGUUGUUAUAUUAGCACCGAUUUAGCCAGGGACUUGUCAAAUGAUAUUUUAACUUUGCUCAGUUCAACCAAACCUUACAUACGUAAAAAAGCUGUUUUGAUGAUGUACAAGGUGUUUUUAAAAUACCCCGAGGCAUUAAGGCCAGCUUUUCCAAGGCUGAAAGAAAAAUUGGAGGAUCCUGAUCCAGGAGUACAGUCUGCUGCAGUAAACGUCGUUUGCGAGUUGGCUAGAAAAAAUCCGAAAAAUUAUUUGUCGCUAGCCCCGGUAUUUUUUAAGCUAAUGACCACCAGUACAAACAACUGGAUGCUGAUCAAAAUUAUUAAAUUGUUUGGCGCCCUAACUCCUUUAGAGCCUAGGCUAGGAAAAAAAUUAAUAGAGCCUCUAACGAAUUUAAUUCACAGCACUUCGGCUAUGAGUUUGCUUUACGAAUGCAUAAACACGGUGAUAGCCGUUCUAAUAAGCAUAUCCUCUGGAAUGCCGAAUCAUGCUGCAAGCAUACAACUGUGCGUUCAAAAAUUGCGAAUUUUAAUCGAAGAUUCCGACCAAAAUUUGAAGUAUUUAGGCCUGUUGGCAAUGUCUAAAAUCCUCAAAACGCACCCGAAGAGCGUUCAAGCUCACAAGGACCUAAUUCUGCAAUGCUUGGAGGACAAAGACGAGUCCAUAAGGCUUCGCGCUUUGGACUUGUUAUAUGGGAUGGUUUCCAAAAAAAAUCUGAUGGAAAUAGUGAAGAAGCUGAUGAUCCAUAUGGACAAAGCAGAAGGCACCAUAUACAGGGAUGAGCUGUUGAGCAAAAUCAUUUUGAUUUGCUCGCAAAACAAUUACCAGUUCAUCACGAAUUUCGAGUGGUACGUCACUGUGCUGGUGGAAACUGCCCAGUUGGAGUUUGGGUCAAAACAAGGUCACGUUAUAGCAUCCCAAAUAAUGGACGUUUCCAUUAGGGUGCAGGCAAUCAGAUCUUUCGCUGUCGCCGAAAUGGCUCAACUUCUCGACGUGUAUUCCUCCACAUCUCAAUUUACCAUAAUGCAGGAGGUUUUGUAUGCCGCCGCGUGGCUUUGCGGGGAGUUUGCGAGCGAGCUGAAAAAUCCCGAACAAACCCUGAGAUGCAUGCUGAAGUACAAGGUGCUGCCGCAGCACAUAGAGUCCGUUUUCAUACAUAACAUAGUGAAGCUGUUUGCGAACAUCAUGCUUAAAUUGGAGACUGAAGGUCGUUUCGUGGAGAUCGACGUACUGGCCGAUUUGAUAGCGGAGAAGAUAAACGAAAGCGUAAAAUCUGCCGAGUUGGAGGUGCAGGAAAGGGCCAGUACGACCCUGAUGGUCAUCGCUUUGGUCAAAAGUGAGAUUGAAAAAAAAAAAGAACAAGGAGAACCAAUGCUCGAGGAUAACGACAUUGACGACCCAUUGUCACCCGAAAAAAACGAACAAUCAAACACGAUCGCGUUCCAACUAUUGUCGCUAUUCAGCGGCGAACUGAACCCUGUGGCACCCAAGGCGCAGAAGAAGGUGCCCAUACCCGAAGGGCUGGAUUUGGACGCUUGGAUCAACGAACCCCUUGAAGAGAGCGAUUCCGAGAGCGAGCCGGAGAUGACCGAAAAUUUGUUCGUCAAAACCGACAAGUACGGUUACGGGGACAAGGAGAAAUACCAGCCGGAACCUACGGAAGACGAAAUCAAGAAGAGUCGCGAGGCUAGGAAAUACGAGCAGCAAAACAACCCGCACUACCUUAAAGGCAGUUCUCUGGAGAAAAACGAAGAUCAGUUGGAAAAUUUCGACUCCAUUCCGGUGACGGAACUUAAUCUGAACGUGCCUUUAAAGGUGAUGGGGCAGAAACGUUCGGACAAAUAUCUGAACAUGUCGGGGGAUAAAAAGGAGAAGAAAACCAAGAAGAAGGGCAAGAAGAAGAAACGGAAAUCCGAGAGUUCUUCCGACGAAAAUGCAGACGUCGGGCCUUCGGUGGAAGUAAAAAGAGAUCUGGAGCUACCAGAGGGCGCCACAUUAUCAGAUUCCGACUCAGACAGGGGCAACAAGGACGAUCCCCAUAGAGCCCUGGAUAUAGAUCUUGAACUUCCUGCUGCUUACGAUUUCAACGCUAAACCUGCCAAGGACUCGGUAAAGGGAAAAUCAGAAAAAAAAGAAAAGAAAAAGUCAAAGAAGAAGGAUGAAAAGGGUAAAGACAAGAAGAAAUCGCAUAAACACAGAACGGAAGACAUGUUGCAAAUGGGGGAAACCCCCAAACCUGAAGAGAAAAAGGCGAAAAAGCACAAGAAAGAAAAAAAGGAGAAAAAGGAAAAAGAAGGAAAGACCAAGUUAAAAAAAUCCAGUUCUGGCUAUGAAGAAGCCAUUGGUAUUUCCACCCCAAGUAAAGAAUUUGUUUAA